CUUCCGGUAAUAUGCGCAGCCGCUGGGUCGACUCGCUCAAGCGCGGCAUCUCGGCGUCCCCACGGCCAGAUGAGCGCUCGCCUCAGCCCUCGGGGACCCCAUAUGCUCCCACUCCGAGCUCCACGCUGUCCUCAGUGUCCGCACCGAGCCUUAACGGCACCGAAAACCCCUCAUAUGUCCACGAUACCGACCGUUGCGACUCCAUCGGUGCCUGCAGCGUCGCUCGGGUGCUAGAGAACUGCGUAUUACAAGGUGGAGUGCACCACACGCAUAUGCAUGUACUGACGUAUCUGGGACGGCCACUGCGCUCCGAGUGCUGCUGUUAUCCCGUGGCCGUUCAAUGGUUCCGAGCUGUGGGGGAGCAGGACGAUUUCCAGGUCAUCCCUGGAGCUUGCGACGAGUGGUACACACCCACAGCAGACGAUAUUGGCGCCAGGAUUUUGGCAAAAGUAAUGAUCGAGGACGAGGACGUUCUUAAGACUAAAAUGCUCGAGUACGGACCCAUCAAAGAAGAUCCAGAAGUCCGUAGCAAAGUCGAGAUGUAUCUGGAGCGGAAAUCCGUGCUGUUUAUGGGACUACGAAGCAUUUCGGUACAAGACAGCAGCGAAUACUUAAACGAAGAGGAACUGAGAGAGAGCUGGACGCUGUUAAUCGACGAUCGGAGGGUCCGAUUAACGUGUGAAUCGUCACUUAUCCCGCCAUUCGAAAGCCUCUACACACCAGAUAUCAAGUUAGAAAUGGUCCGCGGCUCUCCAAACGAGUUCUACCUUUAUCUGGCUCAAGGAUGCUACGUGCGUCUCCGUGCCGAGUCCAACACCGUGCGAGAUAUCAUCGUACUUACGCUGCGCGCCUUCUGUAACAUGGCAGUGUCGGACGAGACGACACACGAGGCUGUUGCACGCGGCUUGUCUCCCAUGCUGACACUACGCAAGAUUGCUCAAGACGAAGAGAGCAAGAAGCAGCCCCUAGUAGGUGUCAGUGCAAACUUCGGAUUGCUGGGAUUGAGUUGCAUGCUGAGGUUAUACACGCCGUCUCUUGAUUUCGACCAGCAGACUCAGGAAGCUCCUCCCCCUCCGCCACCGCCAGCGCCAGUAUACGAUCUACCGUGGAACCGAUCAGCGAUUAACUCGCUCAGUAUGGACCCAGAAUCUACAGCUACAAGUACCGUAGUCGAAGAACUAGACGAGUCGCUUGGAUCAGGCAGCAGACGACCAAGUAUUGCCAGCAGUAUAGGCAUGGGAGGUGAUGGGUACAGUGAAAGUUUGGGGGAUUCGCUGCUGAUGGACGCUGAGGCGUUGAUAGGCAACGCGCAGAAGAUGGGGAUCCAGUAUCAGAUACUCCCACGCGCUCCGAAGCGAAUUUCUAUCUUGGAUAUUCCAGAUUUACAGAUAAUUGAAGCGAUGGAGGCUUUGAAUGAGCAGAUUCUUCCCGAUGACAAGAUGCGACAGCAGCAACGAGACCAACGUCGUCAAUGUGCAAGUGGCAACAAUGUCGAUGGAAAUGUUGUUGCCAUGCCAGAGAUGGUGGAUGCGAGUUGCAUAGAUAAAGCGAUUGCGGAAUUUAUGGCGGAUGACAAGGACAGUGUAUAUGUGGCAGCGCUACGAGAACAAUAUGUUGCGAUCUUCUGUUCGUUGCAACGCGAGUUGCACACUUAUAAGCAACGCGUCGUGACUUUAUCCAAGCAACUUGAAGAGAAACAGGAGCUCAACUCGAGUUUCCGCAAGGACAUUGAGUCUUUGCGCAGCGCUCUCACGUCCAUGCAACUCGCUGAUAAAGUGUACGAUCUGGUGUCUACCGACCUGCAACAACUUGUGAAGCGAAACGCCGCUGAACCUGAGCAACCUGUCCCUAGUGUCUCAUACUGA